AUGGAAGAUUCAAGGUGGGCCACACGGCAAAUAUCUGUGGAUGAUGAUUCGUGUUGUCGGCAGCAGGCGCGGGCCUGGCUUCCGCAGCAUAUACGUGGCCAGGGCUGUGUGGAAUACGGUCCUACGCCGACACAGAGAGCCAAUCGGCCAGGAACAGCGCCAGGGAAGGCACCAAGACCCGCUGCAUGGACCAAGGUUAAGGCGAUGGUCGGCUUGGAGGCCGUCGAAUCGACCAUGCAGAACAUGUUCUGUCGUGUGGUACAGAACUACCGCCGCUCACAGCAGGGCAAAAAGCCAAUACAAGCUCCUCUCAAUCAGGUGUUCCUUGAGCCACCAGGAACAGGAAAGACUAGAGUCGCAAAGCUCUACGCGCAAAUCUUGGCCGAUCUCGGGCUAUUAUCGAGCGGAAAAGUCAUCAUCAGGAAUCCAUCCGACUUCAUUGACCCGUACCAGGGGCAGUCCGAAAGAAGAACUAGAAGCAUAUUGCAGAAAGCAAAAGGGAAAGUAUUGAUCAUCGACGAUGCGUACAUGCUGUACUUAGGGUCGGGGUCGGACGCGCGCGAUGGACCAGACGCCUAUAGAAUUUUGAUGUUUGACAUCCUUGUUGCCGAGCUAGAUAACUCACCGGGGAGCGAUCGUUGUGUGAUUCUGCUUGGAUACCAGGAGCGGAUGCAGGAAAUGUUCCGCAAGAGCAACCCUGGACUGGCUCGUCGGUUUGAUCUGGCGCAUGCAAUUCACUUCACAGACUAUACUGUGCACCAGCUGGGGCAGAUCCUGGACUCCGAGUCGCGCCCAGGACGCAUACAACGCACGUACUGCAGCCACAUCAGAGUUAGAGACCCGGAGGAUCCAGUUUUCACACCGCGAGACUUUGAUUUACCCUACAAUCGGCACCUGCAGGCUGCGGCCGAGUGCGAAGCGCAUUUUCAGGAGCUGAUCGGUAUAGAUGAGAUUGUCCAUCAGCUGCAGGAAUACCAGACUGCAGUAGCCGGUAUGCGGCGAAACAGCAUCGAUGCCCGCCCAUACAUUCCGUUCACGUUUGUCUUUCGAGGCCCGCCGGGCACAGCGAAGACCUCCACAGCUCGUAAGAUGGGCCAAAUAUUUUACGACAUGGGAUUCCUUUCAGCGCCGGAGCUGAUAGAGUGCUCGACUAGCGACCUCAUCGCGUCUUCCCAGGGCCAGACCAGGCAGCGCGUGACAGACUGGCUGGAGCGAGCGCUGGGGAAGGUGUUGUUCAUCGACGAGGCAUAUCGGCUCGCGAGUGGCGGAUAUGAGCGGCAGGCGGUCGAUGAGCUGGUGGACCGGCUGACCAAAACGCGAUACGCUCAGAAGCUGGUUGUCAUGCUGGCAGGAUACGAUCGCGAGAUGUCUCGCCUCAUGCAGAUAAACCGGGGUCUGCGUAGUCGUUUCCCGACCGAGGUUUUCUUCUAUCCGUUAUCGGCCGAGGCCUGUUGGAAACUCAUGCAGAAGGAGCUGACCUCUGUGGCCAUUGAGAUUGUGGAAGACGGGAGUGGCAGCAAAGCAGUGGUGGAAAUGUUUGCGAAACUGGCGAAAAUGCAAAGCUGGGCCAGUGCGCGCGAUGUCAAGCGGUUGGGCGGGGAGUUAGUGCGGCAGUGCUUUGGAGGCAAGGCGGAUGACUCCAAGUCAUGUCUCGGGGUUGAAGGUAUUUCUUGGCACCAGAACUUGGCCCUAAGAAAGGCAAGCGUUUCGGAGGCAGAGAUGAUAGCCGCCGCACUGUGA